AUGGCUGUCGCCUUAGCACGAAGAAUGAGAAAGCUCAUCGUUGUGGUGGCUCUCUCUGUUGUCAGCUUUUCUACCCUUCAAUUCAGCUACGCCGACGACUUUGCCUUUUCCGAACACUUGUCAGGAUCUAUACAGAUAGUGGAUGAAUGUUCUCCUAACGCGCUCAAACGUAUUGAUAACCCUCGUCCUGUGGUCGGUUCCACAAUACCAAACAUUGUCCAUCAAAUAUGGAAAACGGCCGACGUCCAAGAAUAUUCCACCGAAAUCGCGGCGUCUCGCGAGUCAUGGAGGGCUAUGCUUGAGCCCUCGAACUACACAGUCAAGCUAUGGACUGACGACGAUAUCCUUAAGCUCAUCAAGGCAAAUUAUACUUGGCUGUUGCCGACGUAUAACGGAUAUCCUCAUGAUAUUCAGCGUGCCGACCUUGCGAGGCUGCUCAUCGUCCACACUGAGGGUGGCAUCUAUUCCGACUUGGACGUAUACCCCCGCUCAGCCGAGCAUAUACAAUGCCUCCAAACACUUGGUUUGCAGGCCAUAUUCUCCCGGACGGCAGGCACGCUCGGUCUCAGCAAUCAUUUCUUUAUGGCCAAGCCUGGCUCUCCAUUCCUGCAGUGGGUGCUCUACGAGGCUAAGCGGCGAAGUAGCAGGCUCGCGUCUCGGGGUAUAAUCCUGCCGUACCUGCAGGUCUUUUGGACCACUGGACCGAUCAUGGUCACGGCGGCGUUUAGACAAUACGCUUGGCUAUACAACACGCUACAGCUCGAUAUAGGGCUGCUCGACGACGGAUUUGGUGGUUUGGUGGGACAAUGUUAA